AUGUUGCUUACUGAUGUGCAUUUAGGUAAUGUUGUUUGCUCCAACUGCUCAGAUCAAAAGAAUACCUUGAAAAAGUUUGGAUAUGACAACCCUGUAAGAUGUUGCAACACAUGUGAACGACUGAUACAAAUGCAAAACAUGAACUCGAAUGAAUUAUCAAAGCUAUCACCAAAAGCUCUGAAAGAAUAUAUCAACGCUUAUCAUCUACCCUCGAAAAUGGCUUUGGAAAAGAGCGAUUUGGUUCGCAUCAUUUUCAACACAAGGCCUAUAUCCAACGAUAACGAGUUAUAUUAUAGAAGAAAUCGCACAAAACCAGCAGAACGGCAUAGUGGAUCUGAUGAUGAUAGAAAAAGCUUUUCGUUUUCAAACAUGAUGCAGGAGUUAUUCACUCCUUCCUCAAAUAACUCAGAAUCGAAUCAUGCAACAAACUCAAAUGAACAGCACAGAAGAGAAGAGGAACAAAGACAGAGACAGGAACAAGCAAGACGAAUGCAACUACAGCAACAGCAGCAAGCUCAGGCUCAGGCACGGCAGGCACAGCAAAAUGCACAAAGACAAAGACAGGCCGAGAGAGAAAGAUUAGAACGUCAGCAACGAGAACAGUACAUGCGACAGCAACAGGAGCAGCAACAAAGGCAAAGACAAUCCAAUACCUCUUCUCAACAGCGACCGCCGUCACAGCCAUCACCACCUAUACCAAAUACUGAGAAUCUAUUAUCGCUUCAUGACAUGAUUAAAUCCAACAUUGAUCCAGCAUCUCUAUCGGUACGCACCCUGAAAUCAAUUUUGAAAGCAAAUUAUGUAGAGCAAUCUCAUGUCAUUGAAAAAUCCGAACUUGUGAAGCUUGUAAUCCGACUUGUUGACUCGUACAAAGCGGAGCAUGACAGUAGUGGUGGAGGCGAUAGUGGCACGGGAGGUGGUGGAUCAGGAAAUGAAGACACGCUCUGUAGAAUUUGUAUGGAUGCCCAACAAAACUGUGUGUUUUUAGACUGUGGGCAUAUGGUAACAUGUAUGGACUGUGCUAAAAAGUUGAUUGAAUCAAAGAAUGAGUGUCCAAUCUGUAGAGAGCCAAUUUUAAAGCUGGUGCAUGUGUUCCGUUCUUGA